CGUCCGCCACCCUUCCCGUCCUGCCCUCUAGAGUCCUAGCCGGGCCGGUAAAUCAGGAGGUAAUAAUGGGUAGAGUAAUAAUACCGCAGAGGAUGAUGGCAUGAUGGUAUCCCCUCUUCUAGUCCAAAGUACAAGAGACGAGGCGACCCACAAAGCAUGGCCCUCCUCUCCCUAACCAACCGUCUAAGACAUCAUAGGAUCGGCCGUAGGUGUAGUAGUGUCUCGUCACCCACUACUACUACUACUCUCUUGGUGGCGAUCAGCAGGAUCAGCAGGAUCAGCGCGAUCGAUCACCAUAGGGUUUGCGGAGGGGAUCGUCAAUGAUAUAUCUGCGGUCCAGCCUUGCAAACCCCUCCAGAACUCGAGAGCAAAGAUGAGUUCCCCGACGUCUGGACUGAACCCAGGGUCUACGCCCGCGGGGCCUAUCGACACUUCGACCAAUGCUCCCUCGAUUCUCGCCAUCACGGGCACCUUCACGGGCUUCGCUGCGCUCAUCAUCCUGCUGCGGUUAUACGUGCGGACGUUCAUGCUGAAAACAGUUGGGACCGAUGACUAUAUCAUAAUCUGGGCGAUGCUUUGCAGUGUUGGGGUUCUGGUAUGCUUCAUCGGUGAAACGCAUCAUGGUAUUGGAAUGCACGAGGCAGGCAUUGUGAUGUCCGAGAGAAUCAAGCAGCUGCACUGGCAGUUCUUCCACAAUCUUCUUGUCAUGAUUGGCAUUUCACUCGUUAAAAUCUCCAUUGCUUUCUUUUUACUCCGGCUGGUCAUUUCGAGACCCUACAAGAUCUUCUUGAUUUCCAUGAUUGUAUUCCUGAUUCUCUUUACGAUUUCAUGUGCCGGAACUCUCAUCUUUGCAUGCAUUCCGGUCAAGGCAGUCUGGGACCUGACGUAUACCGGGUCAUCAAAGUGUUUCUCAAAAUCAACCUUUACUGCAAUCGGUCUGUAUAACAGUUGUAUUAACAUCGUCACGGACGUUAUCUUUGCCUGUCUUCCCGUGCCCAUUAUCUGGAACCUGCAGGUCAAUAGCCGAGUCCGAAUCUCCCUGAUUGGAGUUCUCAGUCUUGGUUUCUUUGCCUGCACAGCCGGUAUCGUCAAGACGGUGCUACAAUCCAGAGUCCUCACGGACCCCGACAGCAGUCGCAACGACUCAUACGCUGUCUGGAACAUGAUCGAGCUGAACAUCGGUCUUAUCGCGUCCUCCCUCCCCGUCCUCCGACCACUCCUCUCCGUGAUCCUCGACUCCAGGCCCGUACAAGCCAUCGCGCGUCGCACAGGGCUGAGCUCAGGCGACACCCCGCGCUCCAGACACCACCACUACUACAUGCAGGACAGUAUCAGACUGCACUCGGUGACCGGGCAGAAGUACGAUGUCACGGUGACGACCCACAACACGAGCAGGCCGGGCGACAGCUCCGACGAUAUCAAGGAUGGAGGCGAAAGCGGCAUCACUCGAAGCGAGCGCGACCGCGACCGCGAUAGCGACGAGUUAUUCAUCAUGCAGCACGGCGUAGGCAUCACGAAAACAGUCGACGUGAGCGUGUCAUGA